CUAAUAACAAUCCAGAUCUCAUUAGGUGUCUGAUUUUUUUUUUAAUGGUGACAAUGAGAGGUAACUCAGGCCUGGCGGAUCUCUCAGAAGUUACUAAAUAGGCGCUUUAAUAAUUGAGACCAAAUGUUGCAUCUUAUACAGUUUAAGAGACAAAAUAAAAUUGUGACUGCUCUUGAGGACGUUUGUGACCUUCCUUUGUUUAUCUACUGAAACAAGGUGAGUACCCUAUCAUUUAAUCUACUGCAGAGCUUGUCUUUCCAGAAACUCUUGCUCGGCCAAACAAUUGCCUCAGGAAUGCUACAAACAAAAAUCAGGUCUUCUCUUACUUUCUUUUCAAGGUUUCUUUUUCAGAGUUUAAGUGGCUUUUAUUGUAAUCGCAACAAAAUACAGUGCAGUACACAGUGAAACGAACAACGUACCGGUACAUUUAUCCAGAAGGCAAAAGGGUGAAAAGUGAGUGAGAGGGAUGCAGUUUUUGGUGUAUAUGUCCAUGAUAGAAGGUAGAGAGACCCAGAUGAUCUUCUCAAUUAUCCGUUAUAGAGUCUUGUGGUCUCACAGUUCCCAAACCAGACUGUGAUGCAGCUGCUCAGGAUGCUCUCAAUAGUCCCUCUGUAGAAAGGGAUCAGGAUGGGGGGAGGGAGGUGGGCUUUUCGUAGGACGAAGAGACGCUUCUGGACUUUCUUGAUGAUGGAGCAAGUGUUGAGCGACCAGGUGAGGUUCCCGCCAGGUGGAGACCAAGGAAUUUAGUGCUCUUCACGGUCUCCACUGAGGAGCCGUUGAUGUACAACGGAGAGUGACCACUCUUUGUCUUCCUGAACCAUCUCUUUAGUUUUAUCAACAUUGACACUACACCAGUCCGCUAGCCUCUGCACAUCUCUUUGUAAAUGUGUAAUGUGAUCAAAUACUAUGAAACAAAACAAAAGGGCCUGGUAUAUGCGUGUUGAAUAGUGAGUCUGUGCCUUACCUUUCUACUCUCCAUUACGUACGCCAUGACCUUCCACUUGAAAAGAAUGAAUAACUCAGGAGAAUGAAUUUAGGUUGACAGUUUGUGGUAAUUUAACACCCACCAUCCUCACGUGAUUUACAACAAUUGCACCUCAGAGAACAUCGUUGCUGUUAAGUUUAGGAAUUAUCUCAUUAUUACCAGUGAGAUCUGCAAAGAUCGUAUUAGGUUAGAAAAGUUUGCUUUCUAAUACGAUGUGCGAUAAACCAGGAGGGAUGUGUGAUCGGAACACAACGGGUUAAAGGCUGACUGUGCAGGCCUCCCUCCCCUCGGUUCAGUUUACUCUGCUUUAACAGGGCAGGGGUGCCUGGAGCCCGGGACCGUUUUCGGGAUAUGUACCGAUAUCUUCCAACAGAAUAGGCCCACACAAAGCAAACAACAUAAACAAACGAGGAAAACUUCGAAGCAGCCAAACGGUCCGGUAGCUUCGAAAAAAACGACUGAAAACGAUCAACUAGUACGUGCGGAGAUGCGGAGGGGCGCGCUGCUGCUACCGACAGGUCCCCGAAGUUGGGACUUUUAUGUCAAGCUGUGAGAGGUUAGCUGUAGAUUUCACUGAAGAUCGUUGCAUCUCUGUGGCAAAAGAAAGCCAGCGGUAUCGUAACCCGGCACUCAAUCUUCACUCUUUCAAACCCUAAGUCAUCAUGACCACCUCAUCUUUACGGCGGCAGGCGAAGAACAUCUUCAACAACUACACGGAUGCGGAGAUAAAGGUCAGGGAGGCGACGUCCAACGACCCGUGGGGUCCUCCCACCUCGCUCAUGCUGGAAAUCGCGGACCUGACCUUCAACGUGGUGGCGUUCACAGAGGUCAUGGGCAUCAUCUGGAAGAGGCUCAAUGAUCACGGCAAGAACUGGCGGCACGUGUACAAGGCCCUGUCCUUGCUGGACUACUUGAUCAAGAUGGGAUCAGAGCGCGUGGCCCAGCAGUGCAAGGAGAACAUCUAUGCCGUCCAGACUCUGCGGGAUUUCCAGUACAUUGACCGAGACGGUCAGGAUCAGGGCCUGAACGUGCGGGAAAAGUCCAAGCAGCUGGUCUCCCUGCUGAGGGACGAUGAGCGGCUCAAGCACGAGAGAUCCCAGGCACACAAGACCCGCGAGCGUGUCACUGGAACAAGCAGCGCCAUGGGAUAUGGAUCUUUACCGCCUCCUUACCCGGGGCGUCGCACCAGUCAGCCCAGCAUGACAGCGCUGUAUGGGGAAGAGAUCGGCAGAUCUAGGGGCUCACCGACCUCCUUCAAUUCGUCCUCAUCCUCCCCUCAUCUGGCACCUGAUCUGGAGCGGGCCCGGCCGCAGACCAGCGGAGAGGAGGAGCUUCAGCUGCAGCUGGCCCUGGCCAUGAGCCGAGAGGAGAGCGAGAAGGAUCAGGAUGUGACAUCAGAUAUCAGACGGUGCCCCGACACAGUAUCAGAGCCCCCUCCUGCUGUAGAUAUCGAUGAGCAGACGCAACUGCAGAUUGCGAUGAGUCUCAGUAAAGAGGAGGCGCAGAAGCCGGCGCCUCCACCCGCAGCUGCUCUGGACAUGGACGAAGAGGCACAGCUCCAGAUGGCCCUCAACCUCAGUAAAGAGGAACAUCAGCAGGAGGAACGCAGUCGUCAGGGAGACGAGUCUUUGCUUCAGAAAGCUCUGGAGGAGAGCAAACGAGACUUGGAGGCCAGAGGAAGAGGAGGAGGAUCUGCCAUGCUGGAUCUUGUAGAUAUUUUUGUUCCAGCCCCUGAUGUGGCUUCUAGGGCCAAUCCUUGGGAUUCAUCUGGAGGCCAUAGUGCCCAGGCUGGUCCUCGGAGAGGCGACCCCUGGGACUGUGUGGAGCCCAGCUCUUUAAAUGCUAGACAUGGUAGCUCAUGGAUGGCGCCACCUGCUUCAAGUGUUCAUUCCCAGCCUUGGGCACAGCGACCUCCUGACCCAUGGGAGGCUCCUCAGAGUGGCCUGAAUCCUGCUUCUGUGCAUCAGACCUGGACUUCCCCUGCACAUACUGACAGGCAAGGAUCUAUUGGUCCUCUCAGAACUCCAUCUCCUCGGGCAGCAAGUCCUUCAGAUGACGAUCUUUUUGAUGAGGCUAUGGACGGAGGUCAGGCAAACGUUAACGGCCACGGCAGUCCUGAGCUUUUCAAUAUGUCGUCCCUUGGUGAAAGUCUACAAAAACCAACUCCUCAAACCUGCAGCACCCCUGAGGCGUUCCUGGGCCCCACUGCGGCAUCGCUUGUCAACUUUGACUCUUUGAUACCCUCCAACCCUCCUGCCAAGAACUUCAACCCAUUUUUAUCAGGAAUAAGCACUCCCUCAGCUACUAAUCCAUUCCAGCAGGAACAACAGCGUCUCACUCUAAAUCAGAUGCGUCCCAGUUCCACAUCGCCUGUACCCUCAUCUCUCCCCUUUAAUGCCGGUCUGCCCAUGUCUGCCAGCAAACAGCCCGCAUCCCUGCCCACCACCUUCAACCAGUCUUUGCACGCCCCGCUGGAAGUACCUGGAAACCUUCCCCAACCACUGCUUCCCCUUUCAACGACAUCCACGCUUGGAGAUCCAGACCAACACAACCAGAAUCCAUUCCUAUAAAACAUAAACUCAUCCAGACCUAAACUGGCCGGACAGCAUCUACUGGUUUGAAAAAGACAAUGCUUUUAAAAGACUACCAGCUGGAACAGUAGUUUAUUGGACCUACUUGGUUUUGUAUGGCUUGGCUUUUUUCACAGCCUUCUGGUUUUGCCCUUUGCAGUUACUCUUAUAGGCCGUUCACACAUACAGCGAUUUGUAGUGACAAAAGUAGUUUUCAGUUUUACUGAUGAAAGGGAUUUUCCAAUAGAAGUGAAGAUGACGAACUGAGUCUUAAUCUUUGGGAAAGGUGGUCAGCAGUGCUCAUCUUGGAUUGUGGUGCCUUGUCAGCCAAACAUAUAACGGACUUGAUGUCAGUCGAGAAACACUGACAAUAAGUGGGUGGUCGCAUCAAAUCACAAAUUUCCACCGACUUCUCAUAUAAAACAGCUAUUUUGAAGUAGACUUCUUGUAUAGCACACUCCAAAUGACAUAGGAUCACUUUAAAAAGAGGCAAAUUGUAACUUUUUCUGGUUAAAAUGGAACAGAAAUCAGUUAUCGAGCAGUACCUGAACAAGCAAUGUUUAAAACAAUCUACUUAACUUAUAAUGAGUCACAACCGUAAACGUAUAUGCCCGGUUUUACAGACAAGGCUUUAGACUAGUCCCAGACUAAAAGGAAUGUUUGGUAGGGGUGUAACGAUACACUCAGCUCACGCUUCGCUACAUAUCUCGAUGCUUGGUUCACGAUAUGACUACGUAUCACGGUAUUAUAACCAAAUAAAAAAUAAAACUCAAAUUCAAAUAACAAUUGCUUUCAAAAUAUUAACAAUUUCAGUACCUUUUUCUUUGCAUUUGUAAUUUUAACAUUUUAAGGCUAAACUGAACCUUCUGUACUGCAUGUUUUUCACAGAAAAAAGUGCAAUUUAACAAUAAAUUAGAAUUAAGAUCAGCGUCAAUUUUGACAGCAAACUAAGUUUUAGUCAUAGUCUUUUGACUAAAAUGCAAUAAAGUUUUAGUCGUAUUUUAAUUAUCCCCAUCAUUUUAGUUUAAAUUGACGAAAUCUACAUUAUAUUUAGUCUACUAAAAUCUAACUGGCUUAACUCCCAUUCAACCAAUCAAAUUCACACUCAAAUGCCAUUGGCUCACAUAUCUUUGAAGCUCUACUGUCUUUACUUGAGACAGUUAUGAAUGAGAAAUAUAUUUCGAAAAGACAUAUUACAUUAACUGUAUUACAGUUCUUCAAUCAUGCAAAUCACCUACGUGGUUCGAUCUUUAGCAUGUCAUUCAAUCUUUAAAUGUACAGUACGACUCACGUUAUCACAUCUCUAAUCGGAACAGCGCUGGUUUCUUUUGGCUUACUGUAUGUUGCAUUUCACGUUAUGCAGCAGCCAAAAAGAAUUAUAUUAGCAUAUAAAAACGUUUGCGCUUGCCUAUGAAAAGAGUUUCGGGGAGACUCUCCAGCAGUCUCGCUCAAGUUUAAUGUGUUUUACCGGCGAUUGUGACGGAAAAUAAGACGCUUUGUAAACCACAUGGAGACACAGAUUGUGUCUUGUGCUUCCCCUUCUCCCAGAGACAUCUCUCUACCGCAUAUGUGAGAUAAGCACACGUGACUCUCUGGUCCAGAUCGCUCAACCUAUAGAAUUAAACAUCAUAUCGUAAAAUAUCUCCAUCACUCUACGAUGCUUAUCAUAACUUAAGUGAAUCCCAGAUAUCGUACUAGGAAGUAUCGUUACACCCCUAAUGUUGGAGCUGUCUAAACUGAAAAUAACUUCCCCAAACAUAUCUUAAAACAUGUCAGUGCCAUUGUUUUGACCCAACAUGCACACCAGUAAUGUUUCUAUCAAAGGCAUUUUUAUUAAAACCAACUUAAAUAUCCUAAUUUAACAUAGCCCUGGCUUAAGAUAAACCUUGUUUGUUAAACCAGGCCAUAAUGAUUUAUUAUUUUGAGCUGUCAGGUUGAAUUUGGCAGAAAUGCUUAAAAUUCGUUACGUAAAGGAACCUGCAAUUUUAUGUUUCAAACAAGGGUUUCGACAGAGAGACAAAAGUUACAGAUUGCAGCUUUAAGUACUGAAGUGUUUCCACACGAAAAUACUUUGUUCAGUGUAGUGAUGUGUACCCCACUGACUUUUGACAGAGCAGCCUUUAGUUUUAUAGUUUUUUUUACGGGGGGGUCUGGCAAUAGUUAUCAUUGGCAAUGCAUGAAAGGUGUGUCCAGUGAUGCAACAAAGUUAUGAAAGUUUUCCUUCAUGCAAAUGAGCAGCGACACAACAUAGCGACUACCAGUAGGAGUGAAGACAGGGUUCAUGAAAUCUGUCUUCUGUGAGAUACUCAGUCGAGAAUGUAUUUUAAUAAUGUUAGAUUCAUGCAUGAUAAUCGUUCAUUUAGUUUGGGAUGUGACCCGUUGGUGCAAAUGAUAUACAGCCGCUCUUCUCUGGAGACUGUUAAAGGUCCAGUGUACGAAAUUUAGCGACAUCUAGCAAAGAGUACCUCACUUCACUCCUUCCUUUUGAAGCACUACGGCUGACAAAUGGCAUCACGUUUUUAAUUCUUUGCUGAAGGAGAUAAUGUAUUCACGAAACGCAUUUUGCAGAGCAGUUUGUCCGUUUAAGGCUACUGUAGAAACAAUAUGGUGAAUUCCAUGUUCGAGGACCCGCGGAGUAUGUAGAUAGAAAUAGCUCAUUCAAAGGUCAUAAAAACAUAACACUUCAUUAUGUAAGAUAUUUAUACACGUCUGAAGACAUAGUUAUGUAUAUUGAUUUGCAUUUCUGUCAAUAGAUCCUUUCGAAAAAUUACACAGUGCACCUUUAAUUCAUAGCUAUCAUAAGAAUUACAUAUUUUAUCUCUUGUAGAAAUAUCAUUUGUGAUCAGAUUGUUCAAAUCUGUCUCCAGAUGUGCAGCUCACAGAUAACAUUAGAGCAUCUAACAGUAGAUCUGACUUCUUAGGUGACCUCCGGCAAUAAAAUCGCUGUUUGUGUAAACGCGUGACCAUCACCUGUGCAUCACAAGGCAAUACAGAAGGAUGCAAGUUUCUUAACAAAUACAAAUCAUCUGCUCCGCCAGACAUAAUCUUACAUUAAACACAUCUCAUGCUUUAAGGAUUGAAUAUUGUACUAUUCGUAAGUCAAUACAUAAUCAAGCACAAAGCCUCUCAUACGUUCUGCAAGAAUUUCUAGGUCUGCUUUAAUGUCCAUUUGUAAGUCUGAAAUAUCUGAUGAUUUCUUGAAAUGCUCUCAUGUCAUUAACUUGAGAUGAACUGAAAUCUGGGGAGGUGAGUCAAACCCAGGCAGAUGAUGGAUCUAAUGUGGGUGUGGCUUCUAUUAACAGGAUGUCGGAUUAUAAAAGGGAAGACGAUUUUGGGGCCAAUGAUUUAAAGAGGAUAUGAUUUUAUAAUAUGGGCAUUGACUGCUGAAUGAACGGACUUCCAGCAAGUGAAUGUAAAUACUGUGGCAUUCUGAAUGGAUUAAUGUCACAUACUAACAGAAUGUAAGAAUGUUGCACAUAACAUGUUGCUAAACAAAUACAAAAAUGAAAAUAA